AUGAUCUUUCUUCUGCUCGGUCUGCUUUGCUCCAUCUGGGUAGAACCUGCUCAAUGUCUGGAGGAGAACAGAGAGUUCAACUUUACAGAGGACCUCCGUCAGCUCGCUGUGGGCAACAACUCUGUUUACAUCGCUACAGAGGAGAAUCUUUACCAGCUGAGCCGUGACCUGACUCUGAUCUACAACCUGACCCAGAGAGGGAUCUUAAAGAGCACCGACCAACAGGAUAAAGAGGAGUUUUACAGAGACCCCAUGAAGGCUGUCUUAAACGCAACUUUCAGUGUUAAUGUUUUAUUACCAUUUGAGGAAAAUGACACAUUGAUCAGCUGCGGUGUGACUGGAAACGAACUCUGUGGUUUCUGUAAAGUUCUGGACCUGAAGAACAUCUCUAAGCUGGUUUACAGUGAAUCCAUCCAGGUGGGACCUCAGAGGAGCAGCAGUGGGUCUGUCAGCUUUCUGGUGGAUGUGAAGGAGAAACCAGGUCAGACUGAGACUUACAUUCUGACAGCGAUAAAGAACCCGAGAGACAAGACAGAGUGUAGCGAUGAUUUAAAGACAAUCAACCUUCAAAACACUGAUCAUAAACAGCCUGGGGAUAUAUUUUCCUGGUCUGGUCGAUCAGGUGAUAAACCUGGGAUCCAAACUGAAGCUGAUGUAGAGUUUGUGGACGGAUUCCAGAUCAACUCAACAGUGUAUCUGUUCUCCAACGUGGCAUCAGGAGGUAAAACCAACAAAAUCCGUCUGAUCUGGCUUCAGGCUGAAACCAGUAAAACUCAGACUCUGGAGUCUCUUCAUGGAGCGACUCUCAGUUCCUCUGGAGGCAGCAGACUGCUGGCCUCCUCGGUCGUCCCAGGUGGACAGCAGGUCCUGUGGAGUGGAGUGUUCAGUGUGGACGGAGGAGAAAGCAACACUGAGCUGCUGCUGUUUGACGUCAGUCCUGAUCUCAGCAGGGAGAAGAAUAGAGAUCCAGACUUUUUUUACACAUCAAAAAGUACAAAUUCCUGGUCUGUGCUCCUGAAACCGAAGGCUUUGCUUUUUAAGCAGAACCUCAUGAGUUCUGUUCUGGCCGUCAGGCUGAACGGCUGGAUGGUUUUCUUCAUUGGAACAGCAGAUGGACAGAUCAUCAAGCUCUCUGUAGACAGGAAGUAUCAGCCCUCCUGUCCACAGAUCCUCUACAGAACCACUGGAGACAACAAAGUGUUUCCAAAAGUCCAACUGGAUCCAGUGGAUCAGAAACAUCUCUAUGUGCCGUUUAAAAACCAGGUGAAACGUGUUCCAGUGUCAAACUGCAGAACUUACCAAAAUGUGAAGGAUUGUCUUUCUGCCCAGGAUCCAUUCUGUGUCUGGUGUGUCUCUAAGAAAAGCUGCUCAUUUAAAGACGACUGCACAGGUUCAGAGAGGCUGUCCAUCCCUGAUGAAUCCAAGCAGAAAAUAGUUUCUCACAGAUUUCUGAAGGACUCCACAGGAGAGAUAAAAAUAGUCGUCCAAUCACACCUGACUACGGAGAGGAAGGUUCAGCCUAACUUCACCUGUGAUUUCUCUACAACCUCCACCCAGCUUUGUAAAAAACAGGAACCAAAACCACAGUACCCACAAUGCACCUGCAUUCUCAAUGCCCCUUUCCCUGCUGAUGAUCUUGACGUUACCGUGACGAUCAGACUUGGAGACACAUUUCUGUCAGAAAAAAUAAAGAUGGUCGACUGUUCCAGUAUCCAGGGGCAACCAAGUUUUCACCUGUGUCAGCGGUGUGUCAGAGCAGGAUGUGGAUGGAGACAGAACAGCUGCUCCUGGGCCACUGACGCAGUCAGCAGCGUUUCUUCUCAGAUGGACAUUUGUGCAAACAUUGGGCAGUUUGGGAGGAACCUUUCUAAACCAGAGAUCUCCUCCAUCUCUCCCAGCGUUGUGUCUUUCUAUGGCAGAAAUCAGGCUGUGUUGUCGGGUCGUAACCUCCGAGAUGCGACCGGAGUCAGGAUUAAAGCAGACCUGGACUGUGACCCAAAGGAAUCCCCGGUGUGGAACAACAACGGCUCCAGUCUGACCUUCCCUAUUCCCAGCACAGAAGCUAAAGGCCUGGCCAAAGUGUGUGUUCUCCUUCCAGAUGGAAGUUGCCACGGCAACUUCACCAUCACCUAUCAGUCAUCACCAAUCUGCACUGAUAUUACACCAAGCAGCAGCUGGAGAAGUGGGGGCAGGAAGGUCACUAUUUCUGGGACUCACCUGGAUUUGGUGGAGGGGAUCACACACAGCCCCGCCCAGCAGGAAGUCAUGUCUCCCAUGAGCAGCAGCUAUCAGACUCUCAUCUAUGAAACGCCUGCAGCCAAAAGCCCUCUGGUGUCCAGCAGCACCGUGUUUCUGAAAGUCGUCAAUGAAACGUUGCCCUGCGCUCAGAAAAUAACUUACUAUCCUGACCCAGAGUUUUCCAGCUUCGCGGCCGUGAAGGAAGGGAAAGAUGUCCGCAUCACUAUUCAGAAAAAGGCAGAUAACCUGCAGAUGACAGAAGCAGAGCUGUCAGUUGUGGGAAUUCAGAAUGAAAUUGAACAUGACUGCUUCAUAAAACCCGAAGGAAUAAGAAACAAGACAGAAACCUUCAUCUGUGAGAUCAAAGGACUGCAAAGCGCCGACAUUGAUAUAGUCAAGAUCAAUUACGGAAAGAAAACAAUAAAUCUGCGGAUUUUGUCUUUAUUCCAUAAAGUCCUUAUGAUUCUGCGGCUCUUGCUGGUACCCUGCGUUGUUGCCGUGCAGGUGAUUAUUUGUAUGUGGGACAGACGGACUCACGGCUGAGACAAAACUCUGAUCAGUUUCUGGAAGGAGAACUCCAAUAAAGAGGCGUGUUUUCUUCUUUUCCUGAACAGCUUGGUGUUUGAAUGCUUUAUGCUCCGUGACAUUUCUUUUGUUGUGUAUCUAGAGGAAUUAAAAACCCUAAACCUCUGUCUUUCCGAAACAUCAUGUUUUUAGAAAUGAACUCAGAAAAUCAAGAAAUCAGUUUUCAGGGCCGGCCCAAGGUCAUAUGGGGCCCUAAGCAGAACUUGAUUUGGGGCCUGUCCUGCUCAGAACGUCAGCGCCACUAACAGCAUCGGAGACCGGAAGUGGUGGAAUCCGGGUAAGGGGGCGGAGCUUAAAGCAAUCUGAGAUAAUUGGUCAUUUGCUGGGAUGUAUUUAUAGACAAACUGGAAAUCAAACACAAAACAUUAAAGUCGCAGCAUCAGAUUGUAACAACAGUAACAUAAUCACACUGUGAAGAUUGUUUUUUUGUUUUUUUUACAGUUUUACAAAGUAAAUGUUGAGUAGAUCAAAUCUACUCAACGCUCUACUGUUCAAAUCUUUUCAUUUAACAAUGUGGAAACCUUCACAUCAAACUUAAUAUUCUCAUUCUCUAUAAACAAAAUUUUUAAAAUAUGUUUGUGUUCAAAUCCGUAUAUUUAUGGAAGGCCCCUGAUGAUCUAUGGGCCCUAAAUAGUGGCUUAGUUUGCUUCUGCCUUGGGCCGGCUCUGUUUGUUUUGCACCUUUGCUGAUUGAACCGUUUUGUUGUUUUCUUUUUCAAUGUUUACCUAUUAUUGUAGUAGAUAACAAAUGUGUGUGCAAAUAAUGCUUCUGCACUGUGUAAAAGUUUUGAACGUCGAAAUGUUGACAAUAAUGGAAAAAGCAUUUGUGCUCAAAUAUUAUUGUUCAUGUACAAACACAGUGUUUUGGGCAGGAGGCUUUUUUUCUACUGCUGCAAAUCCACAUUUUGAGUGACUCAUCUGUUGGUCAACAAAUACACAAUUCAUUAGUUUUUGGGGUUUUUUUUGGUUUUGUUUUUUGGACAAAAAUGAAAGUGCAAAGAGAAUAGUGACAAAAAUAUCGAAUGUUUUUAACGAAAUUUGAGAUGUGCCUUCAUCCUAUGUCACUUAGUGAACUGAAUGACAAAUGAAAUUUUUUAUACCAUUAAAACUUUAUUAAAAGGAGUCUAGAUGUGCUGGGACAAUGGUUACUGGUCAGCUGCAGCAGAAGGGGGGAAAAGCAGGGAGAUGAAACCAACAGAGGAAGAAUAUUAAUCCACAGAAUCUAUGUCAAUUCUGCAAAGAGAGAAGAAUCACAAAAGAGAACCCAAAUCAUUCAAAGUGAUCACUUUCAUACAGCGAGCUGACUUUCAUUUUCCCGACAAGAAAAUCUCUUAUUGCAUAUUCAGUUGUGUCAAAAGUUUUAAUCGACUCCUAAGUUAGAGCAUUUUUAUGUUCUUAAUCAGCAGGAUUUUCUUGUUAACUGCAGCUGGAAAUGCGACGGAGCCAGCCAGCUCAUUUAAUAAUCUGGGUUAUUGGUAAUAACUCUAAAUAUCAAUGUUAGGAGAAAUAUUAAGAUCAAUGAUUUAACUAAACAAUAAAUAUGCUGAGAAGGUUCACAUUCCGACCUCCAACGUUUAAUGAUUUCCGAGGCACAUCUAAAUGGAAAAUGUUUUGAACAAACUACAACCACUAGCAACAUCUCACUGGUUCUCGUUUCAGAGUGUAAGGAAGUGGUGUAUGUGUGAUGUACUGAGGUAACAGCAGUGUGAACCUGAGCACAUUUCCAACCACAGCGAACCAGAAAAUGCUCUUGGCAUGGUGCGUUCGGACCAUUUCGAACUCAGGUGGUUCGGAAUAUACUUGCUGCACCUUCAACAGGUUACAAAGUAGAGCUUGUUGGCUGUGAUUGAUGCAAUUCAUAUACAGGGAACACCGGUGAUUUGCAAAUAUUUAAAAUAAAGUUCUAUAGAUAAAAUAAAAUUUUUGCUUCCUGGAGGCGUGACCGGUUCUCAGGUUUUACGUUUUACCCAACGGCUGGCGUCUGUCCGUGGCGUAUGUAACACCAUGUUCUUUGUCAGGAGAUGAAACUUGUUAAAUUAACCCCAAGGUGCGUCAGCUUCCCAAGCUGCAUUUCUUUUUAAAUGUUUUUUUUUAUUUUUUUACAUAUGGUCAACAAAAUGUAACGAGGUUGACUAGCUAAACUUUCUAUCAAUAAUUUGAAGUUACGUUCUGUUGGAAUAACUUUAUGUGUUUUAAGGUUUAUUAUUAACCUUUUGUUUUACCUUUGUACUUACAUUUUGAUGGUGUGCUUUGAGUGUUUGAAAGUGUUUGCAGAACAGGUACCUGUGAGAGGCGGCCUGCUUAGAAGUGAAGAGGAGGGUACCAUGAACGAGACAUUCCAGCGGUCAUGCCCUAGAGCACAUGUGUCAAACUCCAGUCCUCAAGGGAAUGAAAUGGCUUCAUUACCUCCUUGUGUAGAUCAGAUC